CUGACAAGUGGCUGAUGGCUGCCUGACAUUUCUCUUUUCAUAAUUUCAGUGAAUUAUGUCCGUGAAUCACGUUAUUCACUCUUCUAAAUGAACCGAUAAUACAUCCGUCAUUCAUUAAAAUAGGCAGCGCGUCAUAAAAACGCAUUCACAAUCCGGCAAAUAUAUGUACAAUAGGUAAGAUCGACAAAAUAUCAUUUUAUCAGGCGUGCCACCGGCUAAGGUUACGCAGCAGCUAUCAGCAAAAUGAUAAAAACGGGAGAGGAUAACCUAAGGCAUCUUCACUAUCAGCAAACAGUAGAGUUUAAUGGACAAGAGGAUCAACAUUCAGUAGAAUUAUAUAGCAAAUAUGUUACCAUUAUUCCCUCACCUGGGGGACACAACCAUGGUAGUUCAAAGGUGAAGCUAAAAAAUAUUGUUGAUUUUACAUGGGAACAUAAUUUCUAUGCAGGACAGUUACUGGCUGUUCAUAUGUCUGGAAAGUAUUUAGCUUAUGGAAUAAAAGUUAGUAAUGGAGGAGGUAUGGUAAGAGUUGUAUACAAGGAAUUGGAACAAAGAGCACUAUUGAGAGGAAUGAGAGCAGCAAUACAAGACUUGGCUUUUGCGCAUAUUUCAAAUGCCAUUUUAGCAUGUGUUGACUAUCUGGGAAACCUUUUUAUACAUACCAUUGAAUCAACACCAUCUGAACUUUUGUGUAGUUUAUUGUUGCAAGUAGAUGCAGAAGAUAUAACUGGUACCAGUCAUCGUGUGAUAUGGUGUCCGUAUAUUCCUGAAGAUGUACCAUCUGACGGAGAUGAUGUUUCAAAACUUUUAAUUCUAACCCGUGGUUCCAAAGUAGAGUUGUGGUCAGUUAAUACCGUUACAUCCAGAUUCAGAGCAAUAGAGGCAACUGAUCCAGCUGUAAAGGAAAAUGGAGGCAUGCUGGAAAUUGAUCAGCAUUCUGAUACAAUCAUCGAAGCAACUUUAAGUCCAGAUGGCACAGCUUUAGCCACAGCUAGUUUUGAUGGAGAGGUGAAGUUCUUUCAAGUUUACUUACAUACCAAUUCUCAUGGUAAUCAAUCGCAACCCCAAUGUUUGCAUCAAUGGAGGCCGCACGAUGGACGACCUAUCUCUUGUUUAUUUUUCCUAGAUGACCAUAAAACGUACCAACCUGAUGUUCAGUUUUGGCGGUUUGCUGUAACUGGAUGUGACAAUAAUACAGAAUUAAAAAUCUGGUCUUGUGAAUUAUGGUCUUGUUUGCAAACCAUCAAAUUUGCUCCGACACCUUCUACUGGCAAACUACCAAUAUUGAAAGCAGGCUUAGAUCUUAGUGCUGGUUACCUUCUUUUAUCAGAUAUAUACAAUAAAGUUCUCUACAUAUUAAGUCUUACAAAAGAUAGCGGAGAGGCGUUGGCAUCUGUAAGUACAAUAUCAGAGUUCCUUCUUCCGUACCCGAUAUUGAGUUUUGGAAUUGUCGACGCUGGUUUGCGUAAAAUACGUCCUACCGGUGAAUCGUUAGAAGAUUUAUGUCCCGGCGAGGAAGAGAUCGAGGAACAACUUGUUAUCCGAAUGUACCUAGUCCAACCAAAGUCAUUACAAGAGUGUCAUAUUGCUUUUAAACCUGCCUCACAAGUGAGUGGUAACUGCCUCAUGGACACGCUGACUCACGCUGAUUCAUUGGACUAUAGCGAAGAAUUACCAGAUAUUGGAACCGUUAAUCACAAUGGAAUUUCAGGAGAAAAUUGUGAAGAAGAUCGUUCGCUAUCAGCUACGAUUGAAGCGGCAACAAAUCAUACUGCUGGUUUGAAUCUAAUGACACCCGAUGCGUUUAGUUCACCCGCUAAAAAAGAGAACAAUGAAUUAGAUUCACGUCCUAACAGUCCUGACUUUGGCAAAGUGUUAUCGGUUAGUCCGUCUCUUGCGCAAGCAGUGCAAGCUCUAAAUGCAACAGAUCCUCCAUUAGCUACAAGCGAAUUAGAAGAACAAGCCCCUGCUAGCAGUGGUAGUAGCCCGUCCAGGGAGGUAAGAGAAAUCCUAUCGCUUACAAAACCGGACGAAGAACCGGAAACUGAAAGUAAACCGGAAGCUACCAAUACCGCUGAUGAAGAUUGGCCUAAUCUUCCAAUGGUACUGUUAAAAGACGUAAGUAGGCAUACGAUGCAAGAGACUGAUGGAUUCACGAACGAAGAGGAGAAAAGAAAAAAAUUAAAAGACGAAUCAAAAUCGACGACGCAUACCGAAAGAGAUGCUGAAAAUAAUUGGCAAACAACAAAUGACUUGAAUGCGCUCGAACUGAUAAAUAAAUUAGAAUCUAUUUUGGAAACGAUUCAAGAUCAGCGACAAGAACUGAGAGAAUUACGCGCUGAAGUAACUAGACUGAGGCAAGAAACACCAAUUUCGACACGAGUUGAAUCUGCUUUAGCAAGAGCUUCUCAACAGCAGAACGCAACGUUAGAACAAACGUUAUACGGUCAAAUGGCUCGACAACACGAGUUCCUUAAUACGCUUGAAACAACGAUUAAAGAUAAAAUUGAAACCACCUUACCACGGGUCAUCGAAAAUACGGUAGAACCAUUGAAACAUCAACUGAGAUUAGAUGCAGAUAGAAUGGACGAACUUUUGAAAGAAAAUUUGACAGAAUUAAUAAAUAGUGCUCAGGUAAAAGAUACGCUCGCUUUGACAGCUGCGAAUGCAGCAAAACCAGCGUUAGAUACAGCGUUUAAAGAAGCCUUUACGAAUGUUCUUUUACCUGGCAUGGAAAAAGCUUGUCAAACGAUGUUUAAACAAGUUCAAGAUGCCUUUAUCAGGGGUACUCGCGAAUAUCUUCAAAAUGUUGAGGUAAUUGCAAACAAACAAUACCAACAACGAAAUGAAAAGCAAAGCGAAGCAUUAUCUGCAUUAGUUCGCGAAGAAUUACAAACGGAAUUGAACAGAGGUUUAAAUGCUUUACAUGAUGGAACGAUACGUACCAUUCGUGAUGCUAUUAGAGAUAAUUUAAAUCAACAACUGACUGAAAUUUCGAAUGCACGUUCACGUGCUACAACACCUGCUAUACCAGUACCUGCAGUUGCCGAUGCUCAGGCUCGAGUUAUGUCUCUGCUUCAAAGAGGACAGUUAAACGCUGCCUUUCAACAAGCCUUAAGUGCUAGUGACUUAGGUUUGGUAGUGCUAGUUUGUGAAAGAACGGAACCCGCAAGAGUAUUUUCUUGUCCCGUAGGGCAAGGCCAGGGUUCAAGGUGUAUUUUACCGCAACCUGUAAUUCUUUCACUUGUACAGCAAUUAUCAGCAGAUUUAGGACAUCGUACAGAGCUUAAGCAUAGGUGGCUUGAAGAGGCAAUAUUAAAUUUAGAUCCCACUGAUCCGGUAACACGAGAGCAUAUGGGUACUGUAUUAAUAACUUUACAAAAUCAAUUAACCGCUUUUAUAGCGGCUAAUCCAAAUCAUAGUUCUAUUCGACGUAUGAAAAUGUUAACUAUGGCUGCACGCGCACUUUUAAACCAACAUCCUUGAUGUCAAAUACGUAUGGAAUAGAAAGAACACAUUGAUUAAAUAACGUCAGAUUUUAUAUUCGUUUUGUUUAAAAGAUAAUUUAGUUUCAAGAAAAUAUUGACCCUGUCUACAUGUUAAGACUGGCAGUAAUUCUCAUAUAUGAAAAUAGUGCUUAUUUAUCAUUAACAGUUUUACUUUAUUUAUCGAAAUUCACUCUCAUGACUUGAUAUUAUUAUAUUUUGAUAUUUUUUUUUUUUCUUUUUUAAGUUGAAUUCAUACAACAUUCUUACAUACAAAACAAAUAUUACAUGGAAUUUUCAUGUGUAAAUUAGUGUUUAAAGUACACUUUCUUCAUUCUUCUAAAUGCUGACUUUGUAUUAAAGAAUCUAUUAAUGGUGCAUUUUAUGACAUAUUGUAUGAUACACAUUAAACUUUUCAUACGCAUGAA